UCUGCAGAAGCCGGGCAGAGAGUGACAACGAAACCGUAAACAAGCGUCGAGUGUGACGUCUUCUUUCGUGCACGCAAAGUAGGAGGACAGGUGAUGUUUGUCUCAUCUCAGUCCUCCGCCCACUGAAUGUAGGUGAUGGCAGGGAGGGAGGAGCAGGAGGGGGAGCGACGAGUCUAAACAUGGGUGGAGUGAGAGCCGCUCCGCGCAGGUAGAAACAGUCUGGACUCUGUCCCUUCACGAGCCACACAACCAUUUAGUACCUGCCGCGAUUAGUCGGUCACUUAACGCGCAUCUUUAGCGGGGACUUAAAGGGCUUUGCUGCGAGAGAAGAGGUCACCAUGCAAACACAGGAAAAAUAUUGGCCUGCUAACGGCCAGCUGAUUUCUGUGCCUCACAAGGAUACAAUCCGUCUGCUGGAGGUUUACGUCAAACGCAGCCUCAGCCUCAACGAUGGCGCGCUGGGGGUUAGGUCCGCUGAGAGGAAAGAGAAGUGGGUGACCACGCCACUGAGGAUUAGACGACACUCCAGCGACCCCUCCCUUCACUUGGCCAACGGAUUUAAUGUGAGCGAUCUUGCCGUGUGUGAUCCCAUUGAGCCUCCGACCAGCCAGCCUGAGGCAGCUCCUGAAGAACCUGAGAAACCCACCAAAAAAUUAAAGAAGAUCAAGAAGCCCUCGUUUUGGAAAAACGUAAUGAGCUUUUUCUCUCGGAAGAGUAACGAGGACGAAGAGCAGGACGCCACAUCACAGACACCCGAGCCCUCUGGCUCUACGAUCACCUGCCUGCCGACGCCUGCAGCCACUUUACAGAAGAAAUCCUCGAGGAGAAAGUCCUUAAAGAGAAGGCUCUCAAAAAGAAAUCUGUCUCUGAUCAAAAUAAACAAACCUGGUAAAGAUCUCAACCCUGCAGACAUCACCGGAGUUGAAUCUGUUGUCAGCGUUGAACCAACAUUAUCCUACUAUGAGAAGGUGUCGGAAGAGCUUGAGAAAAUCGUCCACGAGGUCCAAGUGCAGGAGGAAGUUGAGCGUCUCUCAGAUGAGGAAGUAAUCAACAGGAUCAUUGCUUUGACAAAGGAGCAGGGUGAUGCUAUAGAUGACAAGCUGAAAGAUAACCCCACCCUGGCCAACUUUUUCCAAGGGAUGUCGUACUCAGCCUUCCGGAAGAUGGCUGAUGCGUAUCUGGAGAAAGAAGCGACGCCGACCAACACUCCUCCCGCCGUCCUACCGACUGCACCGGAGUUGGUCAAACUGGCCUUCACGCUCGACUUCACGGCCAGGAUAGCCGGCCUCUCCAGACAGAAUAUAGGACACAUCACCGGUCUCGGGAACCGUUACCUGAAGGACCGAUUUGAGUACAAACAGGCAUGCACUGAUCACCCAUGAUCCGACAGCGAUGACUAGAUGGAGGCGUGCAAAAAGAAAACUGCAAGUGAAAUCUUUUUAACUUUUGUAAAUGCCACAGAUGCUGUGAAGGAUGUGUUGCAAGUAGGAGUUCCUCUUUACAAAUACAUUUUUUACCACAAGCUGCCUCCUCCUAACACACAUUGUAAGGCCUUAAAAAGCCCCUCAAAAAUGUUGCCAUAUUUGUUUUUUUUGUUUUUUUUUACCAUUUCUGUGUAAUUUUUUUUAAAUUUUGGAUCGGCUUAGAAACUGCACUUCCAAAGAAAAACUGCAGAAAAAUAAGCAUCUCUACAACUAACACUAUGAAAGAAUUUCUGUUUUGCCAAAAGAAACUGUGAACAUUGAUUCAGAAUAAUACAAAGUCAGCUCCUCCAAUUGUUGUACUGUGGUACUGUUUAUAAGCUAGGGAACUUUGUGCAAUAUUUUUCUGAUACCAUUUCUGGUAUCUAGCUCUGAAAUGUGACUAUGAAUGCUGGCAUUCAUAUUACCUACUCAAAUAAGAGAUAUUUAAUUUAACGUUGUAAUGUGUAUUUUUAACAUUACAAAGUUUUUGUAACAGUAUAUAUUACUGUCGAGCUUCAUUCUUUGUUCAUUUGGGUUAUAUUUCUGUAACAGUGCAAUAAAUAAAAGUAUAAACAAAAUAUACUUGUUAA